AUCAAGCGAAGCGAAAUAAUAGUUGUCAGAAACAAGUCAUUUUCAAAGCUUCCCCAAAAAUUGUCUGUAUCAAUAUAAACAAAAAACUUUGGAAAAUUCACCCGAACUCGAAAUUUCUGUAUAGUGAACCAUGCAGACCAGCCCCAACCUCGCAGAAGUGGAUGAUGGCGAGCUGCCGAAACUGGAGGCGAUAAUCAGUGCACUGAAGUGCGAGCAGACGGGUCACAUUAUGGAGGCGAUACUGCUCUACGAGGAGAGCAUCUUCAAGUUAUCCCAUAUGGCCGAUGCGGAGCCGAGUCGCCGCCAGCUGUGUGGGAAGUACUUGAAGAUGUACGAGGCGCGGGCCAAACAGCUGAGGGAUCAGGUCAAAGGUCACUUGCACACCAGCAGGAUGCUGGAUCACAUCACCAUCGAGCAGGGUGCCAGGGGCAGGAGCUACCAGCGGCUGUUUGGCCCGUACUUGGACGAUGCCGUCCGGGAGGCGCAUCUCAAUGAGCCACACCUCACGGAGCCGCCUCACUUCAGGAAUUUGCUCAACUUCUUGGAGGUGCUGGUCAAGAACUGUCGCUAUCUAAAGUAUAUUCGCCUCACCACGCGCCCAGAUGCGGCGGCACCCGAGAAUCAGUUGCAGAUGCUGCAGCAAAUGAGGAGCGACCUGGCCGCUGGCAACAUCCAGAUGAAUUACCAGAUGGACGACAGUUUGCAUGAUCGCAAGAUCGUGCUUAGCUCGGGUGUGGUCAUUAAGAUUGGCCGAGGCCUCCACUACUUUGAGCCCAUGGAGGGCUCUUACAGUCUGGGUCUGUGCGAUUUCGAUUUUCGCAAGUGCCUGGCCACCGAGGUGGACAUCUGGAAAUGUCGUCCUUUUGCGAAGCGCCUUAAGGACGCACAGGAGGGCGAGGAUCGACCGGAGGCCCACGCCUACUCCAGCGAUUAACAAGAGUGAGAGUGUGUUUCCACACAAUCGAUCGGAAUUGGGUCAGCCGUCUUAUCAUAGCAGUAUUAGGAAUUCAAUAAACCAGCUGGUUAUUAA